ACAAUUGUUGAUGCUGACUUUGUCGAGACAACAAAUUAAGACUCCAAUGGCAAAGGGUAAUUUUUAAUUUUUUAAAUUUAUUUAGUCUUGAGUAAAGGUAUGAAAUUUACAACGGAACACAUAAUAUGACUUGGUAAUUGUUACUAUACGACGUUGAAAUUUAUUCUUGUAGUAGGUCAAUGAAUAAUCAUACAUGAAUAAAUAUAAUAUGUACAGAGAGAUAUGAAGAGAGAAGAGAAAGAAAGCUGAAAACUUGGAGAAGAAGAGUUUUAGUUCAUAAUAGUGUUCUUGAAAGAUGGGUAUUAGGGAGUUUUACUUCCUGGUUUUAAUCUUUACGCAAUCACUGCUGGUAUAUGUUGAAGCACAAACAAAUAAUCUGGAUGUAAGUGCCUUAAAGGCUCUACAGGAUGCGUGGAUGGGCACCCCCCCUAGUUGGGAUGGGUUAGAUCCAUGUGGAAAUCCUCCUUGGGAAGGAAUUGGCUGCACAAAUUCACGUAUUACAUCUAUAACGUUAGCGAGUAUGGGCAUAAGUGGUCGACUUACUGGGGAUAUUGCAUCGCUGACUGAAUUAAGAACACUGGAUCUUUCUAAUAACAAGGGCUUGUCGGGGAAUAUUCCUCCAUCAAUUGGAAACUUGAAGAAGUUGUCAAUCUUACUUAUGGAGGGAUGUAGUUUCUCUGGUGAAAUUCCAGACACCUUUGGAUCAUUGGAACAACUCGUUACUCUGUCUCUGACUUCAAACGAUCUAACUGGACCGAUUCCUCCAUCGCUUGGUAACUUGAAGAUGCUUCAUUGGCUAGAUGUUGCUGAAAAUAGGCUCACUGGAACUAUCCCAGUCUCUACUGCAACUUCUCCCGGUCUUGAUCAAUUGGUUAACACAAAACACUUCCAUUUUGGAGGGAAUCAACUCAGCGGCACAAUCCCACCUACACUUUUCAAUUCAAACAUGACUUUGAUACAUCUACUCUUUGAAAACAACCAACUCACAGGAAGCAUUCCUUCUACAAUAGGACUUCUGAGAAACUUGGAAGUGCUCCGUCUUGAUAGGAACAGAUUAAGUGGAACUGUGCCACCAAACAUCAGCAAUCUCCUUUCUGUCCAUGAAUUCUACUUGUCCAGCAAUCAGCUGACUGGACCCAUUCCUAAUAUUGAAAAAUUGACUUCCAUGAUUUCCUUGGAUUUGAGUAAUAACUCUUUCGACACGACAAGUUUCCCUUCUUGGUAUUCAAGUUUAUCAUCUUUGAUGACUCUGGCAAUGGAAAACACACAACUUAUUGGUGAAGUUCCUGCAGCACUUUUCAGCAUUCCUCGGCUGCAAUCUGUUGUACUAAGAAACAACAAGCUGAACGGGACUUUGGAUUUGGGUUCAGGCCCCAGCAGCCAAUUGCAGCUUGUGGAUUUGCAGAAUAACAGCAUUGGUGGAUAUACAGAGAGACCUGAUCAGAGAAAUUUGCCGAUUAUACUUGUUGAAAAUCCCGUAUGUGAAGGAGUUGACAGAUCAUAUUGCAGGCCUUUACAGUCUAAUCCUUCUUAUUCAACGCCGCCGAAUAAUUGUAUUCCUUUAACUUGUUCAAAUGAUCAAGUUUCAAGUCCGAACUGUCAAUGUGCAUACCCAUUCACAGGCAACAUAACUCUCAGAGCUCCUUCCAUCACGGGUCUUGGAAGCUCAUCUCUCUAUUCAUCACUAGAGAGCUCAAUCAUGAGUAAUUUCACUUCCUACGGCCUUCCUGUGGAUUCAGUUUCUAUAAGAAAUCCAAUCAGAAAUACAGAUAACUACUUGAUACUUCAACUGGGAUUUUUUCCAUUGGACACGGAUCGAUUCAAUCGAACUGGAGUUUAUAUGACUGCAUUUGCUCUGAACAACCAAACAUAUAAGCCACCGGACAUUUUUGGACCUUACAUCUUCAGUGGUGAACAAUAUAAUCACUUUCAAGGUUCUGGAUCUAGCAAGUCAAAUACUGGUAUUAUAAUUGGAGCAGCUGUUGGUGGGUUUGUUCUUGUGGUGUUGGCUAUCCUUGCAGGAGUCUAUGCAUUCCGUCAAAAGAAAAGAGCCGAAAAGGCUGACAAACAGAACAAUCCUUUCGCUUUGUGGAACCCAGACAAAAGUAGCGGUAGCAUUCCUCAGUUGAAAGGAACCAAGCCCUUCACAUUUGAAGAGAUGAGGAAAUAUUCGAAUAAUUUCUCAGAGGUCAAUGAUAUUGGAACUGGCGGUUAUGGGAAGGUUUAUAGAGGAACUCUUCCAGAUGGAAAAAUGAUUGCAAUUAAAAGAGCAAUGAAAGGAUCCAUGCAGGGAGCAAUUGAGUUCAAAAGUGAGAUUGAGCUUUUAUCAAGAGUCCACCACAAGAAUGUUGUCAGCCUAGUCGGUUUCUGUUUCGAUCAAAGCGAGCAAAUGUUGGUUUAUGAGUAUAUCCCAAAUGGUACUCUAAAAGACAGCCUUUCAGGACAAUCGGGAUUCAGAUUGGAUUGGGCAAGAAGGCUUCGGAUAGCUCUCGGGUCAGCUAGAGGAUUACAAUAUUUACAUGAACUUGCUGAUCCUCCAAUCAUACAUAGAGAUAUUAAGUCGAAUAAUAUUUUACUAGAUGAUCGCUUAAAUGCUAAGGUUGCAGAUUUCGGUCUCUCCAAGGCUAUUGGAAACCCUGACCAAACACAUAUCACUACUCAAGUAAAAGGCACUAUGGGAUACAUGGACCCAGAAUACUACAUGACAAAUCAAUUGACUGAUAAAAGCGAUGUUUACAGCUUUGGAGUAACAUUGUUGGAGCUGGUCACUGCAAAACAACCUAUAGAGAAAGGCAAAUACAUAGUAAGAGAAGUGAGGGAAAGAAUGGACAAGACUAAAGUUCUUUACAACAUUCAAGAAGUUAUUGAUCCCUUUCUUUUGGGCACAGCUCUGGACGGUUUUGAGAAGUUUGUUGACGUUGCAUUGAGAUGUGUUAUGGAGACUGGAGCCGAUAGGCCAACGAUGGGGCAAGUGGUGAAAGAAAUCGAGAACAUAAUGCAAUUGGCUGGCUUAAAUCCAGAUGUAGAGUCCACAGCCACGUCGGCAAACUACGAAUGGACUAGCCAAGGAUUUAACCAUCCUUACAAUGAUGAAAGCCUGUUUAUGUAUAGUGGGGCGUUCCCUCGUUCGUCAUUGGAACCGUAGUAAAGAAGAGAAACAGUUGGUUUACAUUCAAACAAUUGGAUUUAUAAUUUGAUUAAGCUAUAGCAAUUAUUGUGAAUUUGUAUGUUUUUUUUUUUAUAAAUCUGACAUUCAUUUUUUCUUUUUUUAUAUGGAAAGACUAUAUUUGAAAAACUGAAUAAACUAUCUCUACAUCAUCAA